AUGCGAACUUUUUCUCCAACCUCAGGAAAGAGGAUACGGCGGGAAGCGAAGAAGGGCGGGAAGGGUGGAAAGGGCGGGAAGGGCGGGAAGAUCGCUGACCUCAUCGCCAACGUCUUAGCUCCCUUGGGUCUGGCAGACGAGGCCAUCUGCGGCAUUCUCAGACUGACUGGCGACAGAGAAGCUCUCAAGAGGCUCUCUAAGAAAACUGAAGAGGAGAUAAAGAAGUUCGGAGACAAGGUAAGAAAAGAUCUGCGAAGACAGGGGAGAGAGGAUGAGAUCCAACAAUGCGAGAGAGGAAGUGGAGGCAUGUCGGACGAAGAGCUUAUGAAACAACUAGGGGAGGUCGACGUUGAAGAGGAAAGGGGACCCGGCGGAGGCCAUCGUGAUCAUCAUAGAGGGCCAGGAGGUGAUCGACAUCGAGAUAGACCUCACAAUAGGGAUGAGUUACCCUUUCAAAUCCCUCUUCUUGCCGGGACAGAAACGCCUCCCAUGCGAGAGCGCCCAUCCAAUCGACCCAGCAAUAGACCAUCCAACAGACCAAGCAAUAGACCCUCGAAUCAACCUGGAGGCGGAGUAAGGCCGGAGGAAGAGUUCAAGCCUCCUUUCGAAGAGGAACAGCCACAAGAACGCCCAUCCAAUCGACCCAGCAAUAGCCUCCAAAGACCAAGCAAUAGACCCUCGAAUCAACCUGGAGGCGGAGUAAGGCCGGAGGAAGAGUUCCAGCCUCCUUUCGAAGAGGAAUACCCACAAUAA